AUGGCAGCUCUUAAUUGCGUGUAUAGCUCUCCUGAAAACUCGGAGGAAAUCAAGAAACGCCAGGAGGCCCUCGACUCGCAUCAGUACUCCAAGAAUGGAAUUCUGCGAUACGAAUUUGUCUUUGGCCGCGGCUAUGUCUCCUCUGGGGGUGGCGACACCACAGCAGAAAUUCUAGAUGAGAUUUCUCUUCCCAAGUCGGGAAAGGCAAUUGAUGUAGGGUGUGGCAUUGGAGGGAGCACAGCAGCAUUAGCGGACAGAUUUGGUGCAUCUGUAUUGGGUGUAGAUUUAUCAUCAAAUAUGAUUUCUAUAGCAGAGACACGUUAUCAGCAGAGACCAGACCUAAAAUUUCUUGUUGCUGAUGCUCUACAUAUUCCUAUUGAACCCAAUUCCCUCGAUCUUGUCUAUAGUAGAGAUACUGUGCUGCACUUUGAUGUACAUGAGAAGAAAAUACUCUUUUCUAAGGCUUUUCAGUGGCUAAAACCAGGAGGACAACUGGUGAUAACUGACUACUGCUGCGGCCCCAAGGAGAAGUGGAACAAAGAGUUCAAGAACUAUCUGCUUGACAGAGGUUACAAACUCGUGCAGCUUGAGGUGUACAAACAGCUACUGGAGGACGCGGGAUUCGAAGUUGUCAAGGCGGUCAAUCACACCGAGAGGUGGUUGAAGGCUCUUGAUGCAGAGAGUCGACGUUUAGAAGAACAAAAGGAAGAAUUCAUGCAUUUGUUUACGCAAAAAGACUUCCAAGACCUCCGUGAUGGCUGGCAAAGCAAGAAGGAAAGAGCAGCAAAAGGGUUGCAGUUCUGGGGUCUCUUCGUUGCUGUGAAGCCUUUGGGAAACAUGGAUAAGAAGGACAAUUAG